AUGAAGCUCCUUCUUCCUCUUCCGAUUCUGGCUAUCUCUGCACUAGCCUCACCAGUCGUUCCUCGUGACCCGACUCAAUAUGUUGUCCUCCAGUUCUCAAAUGAUCUCAGUGGCCAACCAACUCCAAUCAACGUGAAAAUCCCAAUCGACAAUGUUGAGAGGGCUAUCCUGGAAGGAGGUCUAACACGAAAGACAUCGUCUGUUCAAGUCGUUGAUCAAUCGCAUGCGCCCUCGAACUUCUAUUGCGAUGUGAGGGUUUCAGGACCAGUUGAAUUCAAUCAUAGGUUCGAUGGAACACAGACUUGGGACUCUAUUGGAUCGAGCGUUCUUCUCGCUAGUGUUUCUGUCAAGUGUGAUUCCUGA